AUGCCAUCUUUCUACAACUCCGGCCUCCCGGCCUUCCCUCUCACUCCGCCUCAUGUUACCAGCGGCGGCAGGAUGGAGAAUGAACCUCCCUUCUACGUCCUCGGCCAUUCGGCCGCCUUUCCUCCUCGUUAUUCCCAAAGCGGCUGCGAAUUCAUCGAGCAAUACUCUCAGUCGUCAUGCUACGCUAAGCCCCCGAUGAACCCUCAGCCUCCCGUUCACUCGAUGCGCACUGGGAGAGACAUGGCUGCCAUGAGUCAACCUAUGUUCGGCCCCCUACCCACCGCGAACGUACUGCCCCCGAUCCGCAAUAACAUUCAAUUGCCCCCGAUGGAUCACGCCGUUCCUUCACAGUACCGCCGACAGGAAGUUACCACGCAGCCAGAACAGCCCCGCAAGGAGGAGAAAACAACCGGAGGCGUCGCCGCUUACCUGGACUAUGAGAUGGAUCAGAUGUCCGACUUCGUGGCUGAGAUGGCCCAGGGAAUCGUCUACCCAGGAUCGUCUGUCCCUCCCCAGUUCCGGAAGUACGUCUUUCAGAUUCUCUCGUCGACCCGUCUGCCGAGUUCCACUAUCCUUUUGGGACUGUAUUACCUUUCGUGCCGGAUGCGCAUGCUUUCUUCUGCCAAGGUGUAUACUACUGGUAGUGGCCAAGUCUAUCGCAUGCUCACGGUGGCUCUGCUCCUGGGAAGCAAGUUCCUGGACGACAACACCUUCCAGAACAAAUCCUGGGCUGAGGUCAGCAACAUCCCCGUCAGUGAGUUGAACUCCAUGGAGCUCGACUGGCUCUUUGCAUUUGACUGGAAGAUCCACGAGCGCAUUCACGACCAGCAGGAUGGGUUUGCUUCCUGGCUGUCCCACUGGGAGAAAUGGCGGAACAAGUCUUCCAUAAAGACCCAUGAGCCUCGCCACUCCCUUGCUCCCAUCGACACCAAUGUUACGCGCAGCAGCAACCGGGUCUCAAAGCCUCUGCUCUCUCCCGAAGGUCCGAUUCCUCCGCAGUACCAGCGGAGUACUCAGUAUGAGAACUCCUGGCUCAACCCAGCAGCUUCGGAGUACUCGCCACCUUCCGCUCCUCACAGUGGACCGACAACUCCAGACUAUUACUCGUGGGCUUAUGCGAACCCUCCGCCUCCUUACUCGAGUACCUGGAUGGCCCCACAGCAGCAAUACAUGCCACCAUCCCGAUCACAGCCCCCUUCCUACCAUCACACUCCGUCUUACGGAUUUCCAUACCCGCAUGGUGGAUGGACCGCGGGACAUGGGUCUUCGUGUGGCUGUAUUUACUGCGCAAAACACAUGGAGCACUACAUGUGUGCCAACCUUGUCAGUUCAAUGCAGCCAAUCGUCGCUGGCUAA